AUGUUUUGUCUCUUUGGUGACUUCAACGAGGUGAGAGUGGAAGAAGACAGAUUUGGGACAAUGUUUCACACUCAAAGGGCAGCUGCUUUUAACAGAUUUAUUGAUGAUGCUGGUUUGGUAGAAAUACAACUAGGUGCUAGACAAUUUACUUGGAUGAAUAAUUCAGGUACCAAAAUGUCAAAAUUGGAUAAAUUCUUGGUUUCUCCAAACACCAUGCAAAUCUUUCCUAAGUUAUCUGCAGUGGUUCUUGAACGUAGAUGGUCUGACCAUAACCCCAUUCUUUUACACGAGUACAAAGUUGACUAUGGCCCUGUUCCUUUUCGUGUAUUCAAUUCUUGGGAUGGUAUUGAUGGAUUUAACGAAGUAGUUGCGACGAGUUGGGCUGUUUCUCAAGAUAACAAUGCUGAUUCUUUAAUUUCUAAAUCUAAGAUGCGCUUGAAGAAAUUGAAAUUGGAUCUUAAAGCUUUGAAUAAUGAGGUGCGACUCAAGGAACAAACAUAUAAAAUUAAUCUAAGAUCUUCUAUUGACGAACUUGACAACAAGAUUGAUGGGGGGAUUGCUAAUGAGGAAAAGAGAAAUCAGAGAGAUGAUGUGUUGAUGCAACUAGAUAAAAUCGAAAACCGCCAUGCCAUGGACUUAGCACAAAAAACCAAAAUUAAGUGGGAUAUGGACUGGGAUGAAAAUUCCAAGUUUUUUAAUGGGAUGCUUAAGCAUUCUAGAAGGAAGCAAACUAUUCAGGGGUGA